ACAAUCUAGUACAAAGAAACAACUGCAGUUUUUUUGUUACACCGGCGUUUAUCAAUUAAGUGGUCGUACAGAAUAAGCAAUAAAAUGAAAUUAAUUGGAUUUUCGGUGAUCCUGGCCGCUUGUCUGGUGUCCGUAAUUGCUCAAGACACCCUUGUGCUCCUCGACAAUUUGGCAAUCAGAGAAACUCAUUCCAUAUUCUUCAAAAGUCUACAAGAACGAGGCUACAAAUUGUCUUUCAAAUUGGCCGAUGAUGCUGGUCUUGUGCUGUCCAAGUAUGGUGAAUAUUUGUACAAAAAUCUGAUCAUCUUCGCUCCAUCAGUCGAGGAAUUCGGUGGUGAUUUGAAUGUGGAGAAGAUUACUGAAUUUAUUGACGAUGGCGGCAAUGUUCUCGUUGCUGGCAGUUCUGUGUCCGGUGAUGCUUUGAGAGAACUCGCUUCGGAGUGCGGCUUUGAAAUGGACGAAGAAGGGGCUUCAGUCAUUGAUCAUCUCAAUUAUGAUGUGUCAGAUACGGGCGAUCAUACAACCAUCGUUGCCUCGCCAUCGAAUUUAAUCAAAUCGAAAAUCAUCAUUGGAUCGGAUACAUCUGCACCGCUUUUGUAUCGCGGCACUGGACUCCUUGCAGAUCGUGAAAAUUCUUUGGUGUUGCAAGUUUUGACUGCUGACAGUACUGCCUACAGUUACGUUCCAGAAAAUGCAAUCAAAGAGUAUCCACACGCUGUGGGCCGUGGAACAUUACUGAUCGCUGCACUGCAAGCUAGAAACAAUGCCCGCGUUGUAUUCUCUGGCUCACUGUUCUUCUUUUCCGACGAAGCAUUUACAUCGGAGGUACAAAACGCUCAGGGCGGACAACGCUUCAAGCAAUCCGGAAACCAAAAGGUCGUCGAGUCCCUAACAAAAUGGGUGUUUGGUGAAGUCGGUCGGAUCCGAGUAUCUUCUGUCGACCAUCACAAAGAAGGCGAAAAGAGUCCACCUCAAUCGUACACCAUCACCGAUCCGGUCGUCUACACAAUUUCGAUCGAAGAAUUGGACAACGGAGUAUGGAAAGCCUUCCAGGCAGAUGAUGUACAACUCGAAUUCGUCCGAAUCGAUCCAUUCGUGCGCACCACAUUGAAGAAAAUCGCCAACGGAAAGUAUGUGGCCAAAUUCAAAAUUCCGGACGUUUACGGUGUCUAUCAGUUCAAAGUGGACUACGACCGCGUUGGCUACACUCAUCUGUACAGCACGACUCAGGUGUCGGUGCGCCCACUGACACAUACCCAAUACGAACGUUUUAUUCCUAGUGCAUAUCCGUACUACGUAAGUUCGUUAUCGAUGAUGCUGGGCGUAUUUCUGUUUUCGUUCGUCUUUUUGCACUACAAAGAGGAGCCGAUCCGAUCAAAGGCUGACGAUAAAAAGUCACAGUAGAGAGAAUGCUGGACAUCAUUCAAUUUUGUUCGAAAUUUUAUUAUUAGUAGCCACUGAACAUCAACAAUAAACCUGGAAUGAACAAAUGAACGGAA